GAGGUGGGGCUGCUACGGCUCCGCGCCCUGGGUGUUGUGUGAGGCGGUGGGUCCCGGCGAAACGGAGCCUGCGGGGUCAGAUUUCUGAUCUGAGUGCCGGCGCGCGUUUUGUCAGCCUACUCUGGACAAAAACUGCUGCACCUCUGAAGGCGAUAAAAAUGCCGAUUGGAUGCAAAGAGAGGCCAACGUUUUUUGAAAUUUUUAAGACGCGAUGCAACAAAGCAGAUUUAGGACCAAUAAGCCUUAAUUGGUUUGAAGAACUUUCUUCAGAAGCUCCACCCUAUAAUUCUGAACCUUCCGAAGAAUCAGAUUAUAAAAUCAGCAGUUAUGAAACAAACCCAUUUAAAACACCACAGAGGAAACCUUAUCAUCAGUUGGCUUCAACUCCAAUAAUAUUCAAAGAGCGAGGUCUAACUCUGCCACUGUACCAAUCUCCUUUAAAAGAAUUAGAUAAAUUCAGAUUAGAUUCAGGAAAGGACAUUGCCAGUGGUAAACAUAAAAGUUGUUGCACAACCAAGGCGAAAAUGAAUCAAGUGAAUGAUGUUACCAGCCCACCUCCAAAUUCUUCUCUUAGUGAAAGUCCUGUGGUUCUACGAUGUACACAUGUAACACCACAAAGAGAAAAGUCAGUGAUAUGUGGAAGUUUAUUUCAUACACCAAAGCUCAUGAAGGGUCAGACACCAAAACGUAUUUCCGAAAGUUUAGGAGCCGAGGUGGAUCCUGAUAUGUCUUGGUCAAGUUCUUUGGCCACACCACCAACACUUAGUUCUACUGUGCUCAUAGUCAGAGAUGAAGAAGCAUCUGCAACUGUAUUUCCUAAUGAUAGUACUGCUAUUUCGAAAAGCUAUUCUUCUAACCAUGAUGAAAGUCUGAAGAAAAAUAUUACGUUUAUCCCUUCUGGGCCAGACAGUGAAAACAAAAAUCAAACAGAAGCUAAAACUCAUGGAUUGGAGAAAAUGUUAGAGGAUUCAUUUGGUAAAGUAAAUAGCUGCAAAGACCAUUUUGAAAAGUCGAUGCCAAAUGUCCUAGAAGAUGAAGUAUGUGAAACAGUUGCAGAUAUCUCUGAAGAAGAUAGUUUUCCAGUAUGUGUUUCUAAAUAUAAAACAAGAAAUCUACAAAAAAUAAAAACUGGCAAGACUAGGAAAAAUAUUUUCAAUGAAACAAAAACCGAUGAAUAUGAAGAAGUUAAAAUACAAAUGACAGAAAAUAAACAUUCGUUUGUAUCUGAAAUGGAGCCAAAUGACAGUGAUCCAUUAGAUUCAAAUGUAAUAAAUCAGAAGCCCCUUGGGAAUGGAACUGACAAAAUCUCCAGGGAAAUUGUACCAUCUUCAGUGUCUGAAUGGUCUCAGCUAACCCUCUCGGGUCUAAAUGGAAGCCAGAUGGAGAAAACAUCCCUACUGUAUAUUUCUUCUUGUGACCAAAAUAAUUCAGAAGAAGACAUCAUAGGUACAGAGAAAGAACGUACCAACUUCAUUACUUUAGAAAAUUCUUUGCUGCAUAUUUCAAGCAUAUCCAAAACAGUGAAGAUAUUAAAUGAGGAAACAGUGGUAAAAAAGAGAGAUGAAGGGCAGUGUCUUGAGUCUCAUGAAGAUUCCACUGUUGUGGGAAAGCAAGCACUAUCUGAUUCUUCUCUAAUAGCUUCUCCACUUCAGGGUAUCAAGAAGUCUGUAUUCAGGAUAAAAGAAUCACCUGAAAAGACUUUCAGAGCAGAUUUCUCAAGUAAUAUGACUGAUGCAAACUUUAAAAAAGAACCAGAAGCCUCUAAAAGUGGAUUGGAAGUACAAACUGUUUGCUCACAGAAAGAGGAUUCUUUACAUACAAGUUCAGUUGAUGAUGGCAGCUGGCCAGCCACUACCAAACAUUCUUCUGUAGCUUUGAAGAAUGCAGGUUUAAUAGCCAGUUUGAAAAAGAAAACAAAAAAGUUCAUUUAUGCUAUAUGUGAUGAAACAUCUUAUCAAGGACUGAAAAUGCAGAAAGACCAAGAAUCAGAACUAACUAACUCUUCAGUGCAAUUUGAAGCCAAGCCUUUGGAAGCACCACAUACAUUUAUAAAUGUUGAUUCAGGUUUAUUGCAUUCUUCUGUUAAAAAAAACUGUUUACAGAAUGAUUCUGAAGAACCAGCUUUGUCUGUAACCAGCUCUUUGGGGACAAUUAUGAGAAAAUGUUCUAAUAAUGAAAGCAGUUCUAAUAAUAAUAAAACAAUAUCUCAGGAUCUUGAUUAUAAAGAAGCAAAAAUUAAUAAGGAAAAACUGCAGUCAUUUAUAACCACAGAAACUGGUUAUGUGUCAUGCUUGCAGGAAAAGCACUGUGAAGAUGAUCCAAAAAGCCAGAGAGUUUCAGAUGUAAAGGAAAAAGUAUUGCCUGCAGUAUUUCACCCUGCAUUGCCACAUUCAGAGGAAUGUAGUGAUAUUCUCUUCCAAUCCCAGGAAAGCUUUUUACAUGGCCAUGGCUCCAAGGAUCUUCUGUCAAAUCCAGUUGUGAUUUCUAGAGGAAAAGAAUCAUAUAGAAUGUCAGAGAAAAUAAAAUCUGAGAAUUGUGAAGCUGGUUUUGAAUUAACCAAAAGUAUUUCCAUGGAAAAGAAUCAAGAAACAUGUGUUGUAAACGAAAAUUCUAAAAACGCUGAGCUGUUGUCACCUGAAAAAUACAUAACAGAAGCAUCACCUUCUAUGAAGGUACAAUUCAACCAAAAUACAAAUCUCACAGUAAUCCAAAAAGACCAAGAAGAAACUACUUUAAUUUCAAAAAUAACUGUCACUCCAAAUUCUGAAGAACUUUUCCCAGACAAAGAGAAUAAUUUUGUCAUUCAAACAACUACUGAAAGGAAUAUUCCUGUUUUAGGAAACAUUAAGGAAGUUCAUGAGGCAGACCUCAGUUGUUUAAGAGAACCUGUUCCCAAGAACUCUGCCAUAGUAGCAUGUACAGACAUAGAUGACGGACAAGCAGCCAAAGUGUCGAUUACAAAAGAUUUUGGUUCAUCAGAUGUAGUCCGUGAUCUUGCAGAGAAGAAUAGAAAUAGUGUAAAGCAACCACCAAAAAUGACUCUGGGUCAAGAUUCAAAGUCAUAUGUCUCGUUGGAUAUAGAUAUGAAAUCAAACAGAAAUAAUGAUUGCAUGGACAAAUGGGCAGGACUCUCAGAUUCGAUUUCAAGUCACAAUUUUGGAAGUGGCUUCAGAACAGCUUCUAAUAAAGAAAUAAAGCUCUCUGAACACAACAUUAAGAAAAGUAAAAUGCUCUUCAAAGAUAUUGAAGAACAUUAUCCUACUAGCUUAGCCUGUGUUGAAAUUGUAAAUACCGUAUCAUUAGAAAAUCAAAAGAAAGGAAGCAGACCUCGUGAACUUGAUUCACAGUCAGUUAAUACUGUAUCUGGGUAUGUGCAGAGUAGUGCAGUUGUUUCUGAUAGUGGAAAUAGUCACACAACUCCUCCAGUUUUAUCUUUAAAACGAGACUUUAAUUCAAACCAUAAUUUAACACCUAGCCAAAAGGCAGAAAUUACAGAACUUUCUACUAUAUUGGAAGAAUCAGGAAGUCAGUUUGAAUUUACACAGUUUAGAAAACCAAGCCACAUGUUACAGAGUAAUCCAUUUGAAAUGCCUGAAAACCAGAUAACUGUCUUGAAUACCAUUUCUGAGGAAUGUAAAGAUGUUGAUCUUCAUCUCACAAUUAAUGCCCCAUCUCUCAGUCAGGUAGGUAGCAGCAAGAAAUGUAAAGGUAUAGUUGGAGAUAAGCAAAAGUUGGCUUGCUUGUCAACAACAAACUGUAACAAAAGUGCUUCUGGUUAUUUAACAGAUAAAAAUGAAGUGGAGUUUAGGGGCUUUUAUUCUGCCCGUGGCACAAAACUGAAUGUUUCUAGUGAAGCAUUGCAGAAAGCCAUGAAACUGUUCGGUGACAUUGAGAAUGUUAGUGAGGAAACUCCUGCAGAAGUAGAUCCAGGAAGUUUCUCUUCAAGUCAGUGUAACGAUUCUGAUGCUUCGAUGUUUAAGGUAGAAAAUUACAGCAAUGAUAAAAAUUUAAGUGAGAAAAAUAAUGAAUGCCAACUAAUACUACAAAAUAACAUUGAAAUGACUACUGGCAUUUUUGUCAAAGAAUAUACUGAAGACUACAGGAGAAAUACUGAAAAUGAUGAUAAUUGUACUGGUUUUGUUUGUAACUUAGAAUCUGAUGGCAAUGCUUCAAAUAAAAAUGAUACGGUUUAUAUUCAUAAAGAUGAAAAUGGCUUGCCAUGUAUUGAUCAACAAAACAUACAUCCAAAAUUAUCUAGCCAGUUUAUGAAGGAGGGAUACGUUCAAAUUAAAGGUUUGUCAGAUUUAACUUGUUUGGAAGUUGUGAAAGCUGAAGAAACAUUUAAUGUUAACAUGUCAAAUAAAAAAGAGUCAACCGCUAACAAGAUGAGGCAAAAUAAAAAAGAUUUUGAUGUUUUUGAUUUGUCCUUUCAGACUGCAAGUGGGAAAAACAUCAGAGUCUCUAAAGAGUCUUUAAAUAAAGUUGUAAAUUUCUUUGAUGAAAAAUCUGCAGAAGAACUGAAUAACUUUUCAGAUUCCUCAAAUUCUGAAUUACUUUCUGGCGUAAAUAUCAACAAAAUAGACAUUUCAAGUCAUGAGGAAACAGAUAUGGUCAAAAACAAAAUAUUGAAAGGAGGUGACCCAGUUGGUAUUAAAAAUCAAGUACUGACUCUCCAGCAGAGACCUGAAUGUGAAAUCAAAAAGAUCACAGAACCAACCAUGUUGGGUUUUCAUACAGCUAGUGGGAAAAAAGUAAAAAUUGCCAAGGAAUCUUUGGACAAAGUGAAAAAUCUUUUUGAUGAAAAAAAGCAAGAUAAUAGUGAAAUCACUAAUUUCAGCCAUCAUGGGGCAAAGAUGCUAAAGGACAGAGAGGUAUGUAAAGAAGGGCUUGAAUUAGCAUGUGAGACAGUUGAAAUAACUGCCCCAAAGCAUGAAGAAAUGCAGUAUUCUCUAGAGAAGAAAAAGCUUGUUUCUAAGGAGACAGGCAUGCCACCCAGGCUGUUAAGUGAUCAUUUAUACAGACAAACUGAAAAUCUCAAGAUAUCAAAUAGUAUCUCUCUGAAAGUUAAAGUACAUGAAAAUAUAGAAGAAACAAGAAAAAGUCCUAUAACUUGUUAUACAGAUCAGUCCACUUGUUCAGCCAUUGAAAAUUCAGCUUUAGCCUUUUACACAGGACGUGGUAGAAAAAUUUCUGUGAGUCAGGCUUCACUAUUUGAAGCCAAAAAAUGGAUUAGAGAAGGAGAAUUGAAUAAUCAACUAGAAAAAAUAAAUUCUGCCAAGAUUAUAUGUUUAAAGGAAUAUCCUGGAGAUUGUGUAGGAAAUCCUUCAUGUGGAAAUAGUUCAAACAGUAUCAUAACUGAAAAUGACAAAAAUCUCUCUGAAAAACAAGAUUCAACUUCCUUAAGUAACAGCAUGUCUAACAACUAUUCAUAUCAUUCUGAUUUUUCUCAUUCCAAUGAGUUAUUUAAUAAGUCAGAGUAUCUCUCAAAAAAUAAAAGUCAUAAUUCUGAUAUUGAGUCAGUAGUGAGGAAUGUCAAAGAUAGGAAAAACACUAGUUUUUCUGAAGUAAUAUCCACUGUAAGAGAAGCAAACAUAAACCCACAAGCUGUAGACAAAGAUAGUUGUGUUCAGAAACUUGUGACUAACUCUUCACCAUGCAAAAAUAAAAACACAGCUGUUGAAGUGGCCAUAUCUGAUUCGAAUAAUUUUGAGACAGAGCAACCUGCAUUCAGUUUAGCAAGUGAUAAGAUAGCCUUUGUUUCUCAUGAAACAAAAGUGAGAGAGAGGUUUACAGACAACUGCAGUAACGUAACUAAGCAAAACACUGAGAGUGAAUCAGGCACUGGCCGAACAAAAAUUGUGACAGGUUCUCAUAAGGCAUUGGGUGAUUCAGAGGAUAUUAUUUUUCCUAACUCUCCAGAUAGUGAAGAACAUAGUAUGCAUUCACACGAGGUUUUUCCUAACAUUCAAAGUGAACACAUUUUACAACAUGACCAAAGUAUAUCUGGAUUGGAGAAAGUGUCUGAAACACCACUUUGUCAUAUUAAUUUGAAAACUUCUGAUAAAUGUAAAUUUAACAUGGGAAAAUGUCCCAAGUCAGUCUCUUCUAUAAAUGUUUGUGGGAUUUUUAGCACAGCAAGUGGAAAAUCUGUACAAGUAUCAGAUGCUGCAUUACAAAAGGCAAGACAGGUAUUUUCUAAGACAGAAGAUAGUGCUAAGCAUCUCUUUUCCAAAGUAUCAUUUAAAAGUAAUGAAGAACAUUCAAACAAGUUUGCAAGAGAAGAAAAUACUGUGAUGCAUACCCCCCAAAAUUUACUGUCAUCUGCUUUCUCUGGAUUUAGUACAGCAAGUGGAAAACAUGUUCUAGUUUCUGAGAGUGCCUUUUGCAAAGUUACGGGAAUGUUCGAGGAAUUUGAUUUAAUUGGAACUGAAUGUAGUCUUCAGCAUUCAUCUCCAUCUAGACAAGAUGUAUCAAAGAUACUUCCUCUUUCUUGUAUUGAUAAGAGAACCUCAGAACACUCUGUAAGCUCCAAAAUGGGAAAAGCCUAUAAUAAGGAAUUUAAAUUAUCAAACAACUAUAACAUUGAAAGUGGUUCUUCAGAAAAUCAUGCUAUUAAAGCUUCUCCAUAUCUCUCUCAGUUUAAGCAAGACAAACAACAGUUGAUGUCAGGAACCAAUGUAUCACACGUUGAGAACAUUUGUCUUUUGGGUAAAGAACAAGCUUUACCUAAAAAUAUAAAAAUGGAAAUUGGGAAAACUGAAACUUUUCCUGAUCUUCCUAUGAAAACAAAUACAGAAGUUUGUUCUCCUAACUCCAAAGAUCCAGAAAACUAUUUUGAAACAGAAGCAGUAGAGAUUGCCAAAGCCUUUAUGGAAGAUGAUGAGCUGACAGAUUCUGAACUUCUAAGCCACGCCAAACACUCUAUUUUUACAUGCCAAAAAAACGAAGCGGUUUUGAUAAAUUCAGGAAUUGGAAAAAGAGGAGGAGAUGUACUUGUCACAGUUGGAGAACCCCCAAUCAAAAGAAACUUGUUGAAUGAAUUUGACAGGAUAAUAGAAAAUCAAGAAAAAUACUUAAAGGCUUCAAAAAGCACUCCAGAUGGCACAAUGAAAGAUAGAAGAUUGUUUAUGCAUCACAUUUCUUUAGAGCCAGUUACCUGUGGACCUUCUUGCACAAGUACGGAAAGGCGAGAAACGCAGAAUCCAAAUUUCACUGCAUCUGGUCAAGAAUUUCUAUCUAAAUCUCAUUUUUCUGAACACCUGACUUUGGAAAAGUCUUCAAGCACUUUAUCAGUUUCAGGGCAGCCACUUUGUAAGGUUCCUGCCCCAAGAAAUGAAAAAAGGAGACACUCGGUAACUACAGGCAAACCAAUGAAAGUCUUUGUCCCACCUUUUAAAACUAAAUCGCAUGUUCACAGAGAUGAACAGUGUGUUAACAGGAAUACUAAUUUUGAGGAAAACAAACAGAAACAAAAAAACAUAGAUGAACAUGGCUCUGGUGAUCGUGAAAAUAAUGUUAACGACAGUGAAAUUCAUCAAACAACAACUGUGCUUUUCACAAAGGGUGAAGAAGAACCUUUAGAUUUAAUUGCAAAUCUUCAGACUGCCAGAGAUAUACAGGAUAUGCGAAUUAAAAUGAAACAAAGGCAACGUAUUUUUCCACAGCCAGGUAGUCUGUAUCUUGCAAAAACAUCCACUAUGCCUAGAAUCUCUCUGAAAGUAGCAGUAGAAGGCCGAGUCCCCACUGCAUGUUCUCAUAAACAGCUAUAUAGGUACGGUGUUUCUAAACAUUGUGUAAAAAUUAACAGCAAAAAUGCAGAGUCUUUUCAGUUUCACACUCAGGAUUAUUUUGGUAAGGAAAGUUUAUGGGCUGGAAAGGGAAUACAGUUGGCUGAUGGUGGAUGGCUCAUACCCUCCAAUGAUGGAAAGGCUGGAAAAGAAGAAUUUUAUAGAGCUCUGUGUGACACCCCAGGUGUGGAUCCAAAGCUUAUUUCUAGAGUUUGGGUCUAUAAUCAUUAUAGAUGGAUUAUAUGGAAACUGGCAGCUAUGGAAUUUGCCUUUCCUAAAGAAUUUGCUAAUAGAUGCCUAAGCCCAGAAAGGGUACUUCUUCAACUCAAAUACAGAUAUGAUAUGGAAAUUGAUAGAAGCAGAAGAUCAGCUAUAAAAAAGAUCAUGGAAAGGGAUGACACUGCUGCAAAAACGCUUGUUCUCUGUGUUUCUGAAAUAAUUUCAUUAAGCACAAAUGUAUCUGAAACUUCUAGCAGUAAAACUAAUAGUAUGGAUACCACAAAAGUGGGCGUUGUCGAACUUACAGAUGGAUGGUAUGCUAUUAAGGCCCAGGUGGAUCCUCCCCUCUUAGCUCUCUUAAAGAACAGUAGACUAACUGUGGGUCAGAAGAUCAUAAUUCACGGAGCAGAGCUGGUGGGCUCUCCUGAUGCCUGUACUCCUCUUGAAGCCCCAGAAUCUCUUAUGUUAAAGAUUUCUGCUAACAGCACUCGGCCUGCUUGCUGGUAUGCCAAACUCGGAUUCUUUUCCAAUCCUAGACCUUUUCCUCUUCCCUUGUCAUCACUUUUCAGCGAUGGAGGAAAUGUUGGUUGUGUUGAUAUAAUUAUUCAAAGAGCAUACCCUAUACAGUGGAUGGAGAAGACAUCAUCUGGAUUAUACAUAUUUCGCAAUGAAAGAGAAGAAGAAAAGGAAGCAACAAAAUAUGCAGAAGCCCAGCAAAAGAAACUGGAAGCCCUAUUCACUAAAAUUCAAGCAGAAUUUGAAGAGCAUGAAGAAAAUAUAACAGAACGAUGUAUACCAUCACGUGCACUAACAAGACAGCAAGUCCGUGCUUUGCAAGAUGGUGCAGAACUUUAUGAAGCUGUGAAGGAUUCACCAGACCCAAGUUACCUUGAGGGUUAUUUUAGUGAAGAGCAGUUAAGAGCCUUGAAUAAUCACAGACGGACGUUGAAUGAUAAGAAGCAAGCCCAGAUCCAUGUGGAACUCAGGAAGGCUAUGGAGUCUGCUGAGCAACGGGAACAGAUUUUACCAAGAGACGUUACACCUGUGUGGAAGCUGCGUAUCAUGAGCUGUAAGAGAAAGGAAAAAGAUUCAGUUGUGUUGAGUAUCUGGCGUCCAUCAUCAGAUUUAUAUUCUCUCUUAACAGAGGGAAAGAGAUACAGAAUCUAUCAUCUUGCAGCAUCAAAAUCUAAAAGUAAAUCCGAAAGAGCUAACAUACAGUUAACAGCAACAAAAAAAACGCAGUAUCAACAACUACCGGCUUCAGAUGAAAUUCUAUUACAAGUUUAUCAGCCAAGGGAGCCGCUUCACUUCAACAAAUUAUUGGAUCCAGACUUCCAGCCACCUUGUUCUGAGGUGGACCUAAUAGGAUUUGUAGUUUCUGUUGUGAAAAAAAUAGGUCUUGCUCCUUUGGUCUAUUUGUCAGAUGAAUGCCAUAAUUUAUUGGCAAUAAAGUUUUGGAUAGAUCUUAAUGCAGACAUUAUUAAACCUCACAUGUUAAUUGCUGCAAGCAACCUCCAGUGGCGACCAGAGUCCAAAUCAGGAAUCCCUACUUUAUUUGCUGGAGAUUUUUCCAUGUUUUCUGCCAGUCCAAAGGAGGGCCAUUUUCAAGAAAUGUUCCACAAAAUGAAAAAUACUAUUGAGAAUAUGGAUAUAUUUUGCAAUGAUGCAGAAAACAAGCUUAUUCGUAUACUUAAUACAAAUAAUCCCAAGUGGUCCACCCCAACUAAAGACUAUACUUCAGCACCACACACUGCUCAAACAGUCCUUGAUACAGGAAAUAAGUUUCUGGUGUCUUCUCCCAGUAGUGAGAUGAAUUAUCAAAGUCCGUUAUCACUUUGUAAGCUAAAAGGGAAGUCUGUCUCCACACCUGCAGCAGCCCAAAUGACUUCAAAGUCUUGUUGCAAAGGGGAGAAAGAGACUGAUGACCCAAAAAACUGCAAAAAGAGAAGAGCCUUGGAUUUCUUGAGCAGAUUGCCUGUACCUCCACCUGUUAGUCCCAUUUGUACAUUUGUUUCUCCAGCUGCACAGAAGGCAUUUCAGCCACCACGGAGUUGUGGCACCAAAUAUGAAACACCUAUGAAGAAAAAAGAAUUGAAUUCUCCUCAGAUGACUCCACUUAAAAAAUUUAAUGACAUCUCUCUUUUGGAAGGUGAUUCAAUAGCUGAUGAAGAACUUGCCCUGAUAAAUACCCAAGCCCUUUUGUCUGGUUCAGCAGGAGAAAAUCAACUUACAUCUAUCAGUGAGUCCACUAGGACUGCUCCCACUAGUCCAAAAGAUCAUCUCGGACUGAAAAGGCCUUACACUGCAUCUGUGAUCAAAGAACAAGGGAAUUCCCCAGCCAGGACUGAAGAACAGAAGACUAAUAUGCAGGACACAAGUACAAUAAAAAAAUACAUCCAAGAGACUGCAAAGGCGACAAAAACCAAAAUGAUGAUAAAUUAGGUAUUGAUAACAACCUUUCCAGUUUGUAAAACAUAUACAACUUCAAACUCUACAUCAGAAUUUGCAUAAUGAGAAAAAGGAAAAAGUUCAAAAUUUAUCUCUGUGCUUGUAUAUCACAGCAAUGCUCUUUGCCUGCUUCUAUAUUGGUAUACUCUUAUUUCAAUUAUAUAUCUUAAAACUGUGACUGUAUAUUAAUUAAUCAAGAAAAAAAAUCUCCUUUAAAUCUUUAUGACUAGAUUUGGUCACUAUAAGUAUUAUUUUACAAACGAAGUAAACAUACCUGUUUCUUUUAGAUUGUGUCCUUAUAAUUAAAAAAAACUACGUUUCCAAAGUGCAGUUCUUUUGACUCAUAUAAUUCCCCUUGGUUUAGUUCCUAUUUUAGGUUUGUUUUUAAGAGGUAACCCACUAUGAACCAGUUUUCCUUAAUGCACAUGUUGGUUCUAAUACAGUUUUAUCCUGAUCAUAAAAGUCAGGAUGAGUAAGAUAUUACAGUGGUGUUUUCUUUUGACCAAUUCUUUAUCCUUAAGUCAGCGUGACUACAAGAAUAAUAGAACCCUCAAUGUACUUCCCUUUUAUGAUUCCAAUGUGAUCUGUAAAAUUAAAUUAU